AAGGACGUCUUUGGUCGCUCGGCCAGCUUCUUCAGCCGCAGCCACAGCGCCCCAUCCUCUCGCGCGCGCUCUCUCUCCUCCUCCCUUCAGGCGCCGGGGGCGGGGCUUCAUUCCAUGUUCUCUCGCUGGCCGGGAGUCCCGCCCCAGUUCUUCCUUCCUUCCUUCGGUGGGUAAGAAGCCGGGCGAGGAGGGGCGUGUCCUCCUCCGCAUGCAAAUGAGCCGCCGUGACGGACAGCUCGCCUUGCCAAUGCCCCGGCGAAACUCCUCUCCUCACAAAACUCCUCGCCUCGCAGACUCCCUUAUGCCCGCGCCGAAAGCUGGUCGCGCCGGGCGCCGGGGGGGAAAGCUCGCCUCGCUCGCCUCACGGGGGGCGGCUCGCGAGCGCGCCGACCAGACCAGCCGCCGGGGCUGGCCGGCCGUCGCGGCGGCCGCUUGCCUGGUCGAGGCUGCUUUUGCCUCUCGCGCGCGCUCUGCUCGGCCGCCCCUUCCCCGCCCGGGCUGGGGAAGACGUCUCCUCCUCCUCCUCCUGCUCCUCCGCCUCCAUUUUCCCCGCGCGCUCCUCUUGCCCAGAUGCCCGCCGCCUCCUCCAGCCGCGGGUGACUUCUGCGUGGGAAAGCAGGAGCGCGGGCGAGCGCGCGCGGCGGCGGCGGCGGCGGGCGCGCGCGCGCUCCCGGGACGUGCGAGAGGCUUUCCCUCAGCCUCGCGCCGAGCUCUCCUUUUGGCUGGCGCUCCUCCCGCCUAUGGAGGGGACGCUGUGAGCUCCUCAGCGGCGGCAGCGAGCGAGCGGCGGCGGCGGCGGCGGCGCCCGUAAGCUGAAGCGCCCGCAGUCGUCCUCCGCUCGCCUCAGCCCAGGCCCCUUCCUCGCUCGCGCUCGCUCGCUGCCCGUGGGCCAGCCAUGUCCUACCCUCAGGGCUACCUCUACCAGCCCCCGGGCUCGCUGGCGCUCUACUCGUGCCCGGCUUACGGGGCGUCGGCGCUGGCGGCGCCCCGGAGCGAAGAGCUGGCCAGGUCGUCUUCGGGCUCGGCGUUCAGCCCUUACCCCGGAUCCGCCGCCUUCACCGCCCAAGCGGCAGCCACCGGCUUCAGCAGCCCGCUCCAGUACUCCACCGACCCGGCCACGGGAUUCCCCUCCUACAUGGGCUCCCCUUACGAUGCCCACGCGACGGGCAUGAGCGGGGCCAUCAGCUACCACCCUUACGGUAGCCCAGCUUACCCCUACCAGCUGAACGACCCCGCUUACCGCAAGAACGCCACGCGGGACGCCACGGCCACGCUGAAGGCCUGGCUGCAGGAGCACCGCAAGAACCCCUACCCGACCAAAGGCGAGAAGAUCAUGCUGGCCAUCAUCACCAAGAUGACCCUCACGCAGGUCUCCACCUGGUUCGCCAACGCCAGGAGGAGGCUCAAGAAGGAGAACAAGAUGACCUGGGCGCCGCGCAACAAGAGCGAGGACGAGGACGAGGACCUCGACGCCGGCGGCGGGAUCCGAGGCAAGGAAGAGGAGGCGCUGCCGUCGGACAAAGGCCGCGACAGCAACGAGACGUCGGCCGAGGAUGAAGGGAUCAGCUUGCAGGUGGACUCGCUCACCGACCACUCCUGCUCGGCCGAAUCGGACGGCGAGAAGGCCCCUUGCGGCGCCGGGGACCCGCUCUGCGAGUCCGGCUCGGAGUGCAAGGACAAGUACGAGGAGAUCGACGAGGACGAGGACGUGGAGGAGGAGGACGACGACGACGACGAGGAGGAGGACGACGACGAGGCAGCGGCGGACAGGGGUCUUCCCUCCAAGCCCGUCACCUCCUCCCCUCUCACCGGGGUGGAAGCCCCUCUGCUGGGUCACCCGCACGCCGAGGACUCCGCGCGCAACGCCAACAAAGCCGCUUUGGACGCCCGCAUGGCCCCGACGGCGGCUUCGCAAACCACGCCGGCCAGCAAGCCCAAGCUGUGGUCGCUGGCGGAAAUCGCCACCUCGGACCUUAAGCACCCUCAGCACCCUCAGCACCACCACCACCACCCUCACCACCCGCACAACCUGGGCCAGAGCUGCCAGCCGCCGGUGCCGCCCUCUUCCACCCCGCACAACGCUGCCUACUCGCCCUCCUCUCUCCUGGGGAGGCAUAUUUAUUACACCUCGCCUUUUUAUAGCAACUACACAAACUAUGGGAACUUCAACGCCCUCCAGGGUCAGGGCAUCCUGAGGUACAACUCCGCCACGGUGGCCUCCAGCCGAGGGCUAAGUCAGACCGUCUUAAGCAGCGCGGCGGGCGGCAGCAGCUCGGUGCACAAGCAGGGCUCGGAGAACGCUUUGAAAACCAUCGCGAGCCACCUAGAACAACAUUACAAGCCUUCCAAUCCAGACUCCAAAAAAGACCCCACUGAAGUGUGCACAGUAGGACUACAACCAUACCUAUAGAAGUGCAAUCACACAGCAGCCAGGCAAGUAAGUGAGACCAGCUCCUUUUCUCCUUCUUUCUCCUUCUAUUCUGUUACACCGCUUAGGAGGAUCAUUUGGCAUCAGCUCCAGAAACAUAUUGCUCAGCCUGCAAAUUUG